AUGAUCUUUUCCAGGCUCAGCCGGUCUCUGUCGCGAUCGGCCCGCUCUAGGAUCGAAAGUGUAAGUCUCUCUGCAUGUGUCCGACGCUCGCAUGUCGGUCUUGGUCUUUUGCCGCCGUUUUGGUUCCUUAUUCUGUUUAUUUUCUGUUGUGCAGGGAGCACACUUAGGUACAAAUGUGGCGAGAAGUGCUCUUUCCGGUGAGACGCUUCUGAACUCAUCGUCCUCUCUCCAAGGAAAUGGUGGGCUGGGCUUCCUUAGGAGUUAUUUGACAGUCGCCGGUGCUAGGGGUACCUUUGUGCCAAAGUCUCGUAUUUUGGAGUGGAAUUAUCUGUUGGCAAAUCCUAGAUUUUGGCGGCUUUUCUCCAGCGAUUCCCAGGAUAAGAAGAGUAAGAUUAACAUUUGGAGAUAUAUAUACAUCUGUUUUUUUGAACGUUUAUUGGUUGGCUGCAAGAACUUCCUUCUGAUACUCUUUUUAAUAAUGUGAACAUUUUAGAUUACGAGAAUUAUUACCCAAAGGAUAGAAAAGAAAUCCCGAAGGAAAAAGAGGAUAACAAGUCGGAUUCGAAAGGUAAGCUGUUUUUAUGUUGUUGUAUAUUAACUUCUCAAGUCAUGAAGAAUUCUGGUUGAUUAUUUCACGGUUUUUCAUAUUAUGUUCAGGAAUAAUGACUAUUUUCAACUUUAAUCUGUUGUUUGGGAUUUAUCUUCGUAUUUUGAACAUUAUGCUAAGUAAUUAUUUCACACAGUCGUUUGCUUCUACCUUUGAUCCUGUUUUUUCUUUUUACUUGUUCCAUGUAUGCAUCAUAAAUUAUCUACUUUUAAUCCAGUUUGGUUUUUCGUCUCAUUUGAUAUAUUUGUGGUAUCAGAUCUAUAAGUGAAGAAAAGUUGAUUUUUAGACUAAACAAAACAUUCUUUUUUUUGCUGUAUAAUUUUCCAUGUAUUUGUGUAUGGUUUUUCAAGUAAUCAAUGUGAUGAUUGGGGUAAUUUCACAACCUUUUGGCUGUUAUUUGACCCAUCAUUGUGACCUUGUGACGAAGCUAGAGUUGUAUGAUGAAGAAACAUCAUCCUUGAAUCAACAAGACAAGAAAUUCAAACAAGGAAACCACGUCCUAAAUCCACAUAACUUGGAACCUUCAAUUUUUGAAUCCUCAAAGACUUGUUGGAGCGAUCCUUGAAUCCACAAUGAUCAAAAUAUUCCCUUUAAUUUACGAGGAGGUGUUUGAGUCCACAUGCAGAUAGAGGGGACAUGUCAAAAAGAGAAAAUUCCUACUAACUCAUAAUGUCUUGGGACUCUAACGUGGGGUCUUUUGAAGACUGAAUUUUGAUUGGGCUGCCCUUAGAAAGGUAGAUAAGUUAUAAUUGCGUUUUAAAAAUGAUUUUUGACGCCUUAUAACCACUCAUAAAACAAUGCUUUAAAAGCUUUAAAACAGCAUUUAAUAAUGUUCUUUUUACAUAAUAAAAGUGCAAAAAUUAAAUUAACUAAUAUCUGACAAGUUUCUCACACGUUUAAUAUUGGAUUGUCCUGUUCUUGUAGUCCAUAUUUCUAGUUUCAAAGAUGUCGAAUCCACUAGUGCUGGACUGUAUAUGUCCUUCAUGGGUUUUUCUUACUUGAAAAGAACUUGCUGUCAAGUCUUAAUGUGGUUCUAGAUAAUAAUAAUAAUAUAUUUAUAAUAUUAAAGGUGGAAUAUAUAUUUAUUUUCUCUGGUGAAUAAAUGACAUAGGGAUUGUCAUUAAUAUUUUGGAAGAUUUUGAAUGAUCUAUAUUGCCAUGCCAUUAACUUGUUAUAAGUACUAGAUGAGAACCUUUCUUUCUGCAAAUAUAUCAUAACCAAAUCACCAACUUCAAAAGUUGUUUUCUACCUCUUAUUAUCAGUUGCUUCUACAUAAUUAUUAUAAUUGGUUGAAGAAUUUUUCUUGAUCUUUUUUUGAAACUGUUUUGACAUUCUUUGUCAUCUUGUUACUUGCAAUGUUUGUUCAUGUUUAUUUUGGUAAAUGUGCAAAUUCUAGAGGAAGACAAUGAACAAUAGAAAAUAAGACUGACUAGUUGAGUGACUAACCAUAAAAUUGUAAGCAGACUCUUCUUGAGUCAAAAAUAUAAUCUCAUUGUCUUAAUUUAUCUCCAAAAAUACAAAGAAUCAAAUUGUCGAGUGUCAUGUUUACUACUUUUGUUGGACCACCUAUUUGAGGGUGACUGGUAUUACUAAAUUUUAAGUAAUAAUCAAACAUUUUCCCAAGAGUAUCCAAAAAAUGUGACAAACAUAUUUAAUCUUAAUCUAAUGACUAACUGGACUUUGAAGCUUCAUGCAAACAAACUAUUAUAUUAAUUAAUAAGUGGACUGCUUGUACUACAUUAUUCGUCAUCUUAUAUAAAAUAAAAUGCACCAUUUUAGAAAAGUAAUCAAUAAUCACAAAAAUAAAAUUACUCCUUUGUGUUCAUGGCAAUUAUAAGGUAAAGUCUAAAUAUAUGGUAGCUGAGGGGUUUCUUCAAAUUGACAAUGGAGUAUAUUAUCCAAUAUUUUUGCAAUGCUUUUUAUUAACGAAACAUCCCUUUUCAACUGUCAUCAAUAGUAUCACACUCUAUAUUUGUGGUUGUGGAUUGUUUAUAAAAAAUGGUGUAUUUUAUUUCGUGCAAUAAGACAAAUAAUGUAAUAUGAGUAGUCAACUUAUUCUCAAAGUUUCUAUCAUACUUUUUAUAAACUUGUUAGAAAAAGUUUGAUUCUUAAAAUUUAGUAGCAUCAGUCACCUUCAAACGUUUUUGGUCAAACAGAAGUAAUAGAAAUGACACUCAUCAACUUGACUCCUUGUGUUUUAAGAGAUAAAUUAAGACAAUGAGAUUAUACUUUGACUUAAGCAUAGCUUGGUUAUAGUUAUAUAGUAGUCACUCUAUUAUUUAAUCUCAUUUUUUAUUGUUUAUUGUUUUCCUCUAAAGCUUCCUCUAGAUUUGAUACAUUUACUAAAAUAAACAAGAACAAGUAUUGCAGCUAACAAGAUGGCAGAGCAUAUCAAAACAGUUCAUAAAAGCAUCAAGAAAAAUCUUUUAACUAAUUACAAUAAUUAUAAAGAAGCAAUUGGCAGAAAGAGGCUUUUUUUUCCCUUAAGUUGGUGAUUUUGUUAUGGUAUACUUGCGGAAAGAAAGGUUCCCAUCUGGUGCUUAUAAAAAGUUAAUGGCAAAGAAAUAUGGGCGAUUCAAAGUCUCACAAAAGAUUAAUGGUAAUGCUUAUACAUUAACUUACUGAAGAAAAUUGGUAUAUCUUCAACCUUCAAUGUUAUGAUUACUAUCUAGAGCCACGUGAAGAUUUGAGGGUGAAUUCUUUUCAAGCAAAAAAGACCCCUGUAGCAUAUAUAUAGUCCAACACAAAUGGAUCAGACACCAUUGAAUUUAUAUGCUACAAGUUUCCUUGUUUUUCAUCAUUGAUCUUGAUAUGUUCAAGAAAUCGUUCAGUUUUGGCCAAUCAAUCUAGAUAUUCUUCUAUGCACAAAUUGUCAUUAAAACUUGGUAAAUCAAUUUUCAUUCAAAAUCUGUAGGAAUAUCUUCCUCAGAUCUACUGCUAUUUCUAGGUACAGAUAAAGAACAAUUAUUAGAGUCAAUAAUGUUUUUGUUAGUUGGUUGCCUUUGUGCAGUAUGCAUCAAAUCAUGUCGUUCUAUCCAAUAUUGACACAUUAACUUUCUAAUCGUUCUAUCCAAUGUUUCAUACUUAUCUUGAAAUUUUUGACUAAUACUUUGUUGGAACUUUUAAAAAAAAAUUCCCCUGAUAAGGGGCCAACCUCACAGACCACCUACUUGUUUUAUUUUUAUUUGUGCUUGUAUUUUGCAAUUUGCCUUGACAAGCUGAUCCUUCUCAUACAUGUCUAUCUAUUACAAAAGAGAGACGUAGAGGGAAUAUUCUGAUGAAUUCAUAUCUAAAGAAUUGCCCCUAUUUGUAGAUUAGAGAAACGCCAUAAAAUUCGUGUAGUGUUUUUGAAGAUUUAAUGCGCUGUUGGUGUUGUCAGAUUAACCAUAUGAUAAUCACUAUAUUGUGGAAGGAAUAUAAGAAUAUACAUUGUUUUGUGGUGUGAUUUUGAAGUGUUUCAGUCAAGGUACUUGGAGCAGCUGUAUGUCGAGCAGCAAUUUCCUUACUGAUAAAGUUAUAGUGGAUAGGUUCUGUUGCAUCUUUUAUUGGGGGCAUUAGACGCAUAAACAAGUAGCAUACGAGACCAGGGCAGUUACACUAAAAGAAUCUGAUUUCCAUUUGUCCCUUAGAAAAUCAUUUGGCUUGCUUCACAAAAGUCCUUCUAGAAUAAGCUGAAGACUCUGAGCCUCUUAGGGGAGAUGUCUUGAAAGCAGAUAGUCAGAAUCUUGAUGCACGCCAACAGGACGAACUAACACUCAGAAAUCUGCAGGACUUUGGAUGGGAGAAAAUGAAAGCAAAGGAAGCACUUUAUAUUAUCAUGACGUUUCCUUGGUCGUGGAGUAAACACACUUUAAAUUGAAGUCUUCAACCGCACUAGUGAUAGGCUCAAGGCACUUGGAUAAUGUUUGGAGGGGUUUAAGGCUUCGUCUAUGUUAUUUUUGUAAGGAAAUUUAUGUUCUCAUUUAGGUUUUUCCUUUUUUUAUGGUUUUUGGUUUUUGUUUCUUUGGGGAGGCAUUAGGAUUGCAUUCUAAGUUGUUUUUUGGUCCCAAUUCGUUAUGAACGUCUUGGGAAAAUCUAAGUUGAAAUAUUUUUGACAAAUUGGGGUUGAUAGUCUUACCAUUUGCUUGGGACUUCUAAUGAUAAAACGUAUGCCUCUUGCUAUUCUUACGUAGAUGAUUCGAGGUACUCAUUUAUACACGUUCCUCACCAGAAAGCAAUUACCUCCCUUAGUUCAUUUUUCUGGUCGUUUCUUGCUUUCCCUUUUAGAAGUAAUUUCUGUUGAUUGAAACUUGUUCGUAAAUUUCGUAUGCAUUUUUUUUCUACUUCUCUUAGAGAACCUGACUCUUUAUCCUAUUUUCUAGAGGAAUCGAGUACAGAUAAUCAGGGAAACUUUCAAGAAAAUUUGAUCAAGCAGUUGCAGAAUUAUGUCACUCCUCUGAUCCUUUUUGGCCUAUUAUUUUCUUCUUUUUCAUCAUCUUCUGACCAGAAAGAGGUCAGUGCCUCCACCUCUGUAAUAUUUAUUACUUUUCUCUAUAGAAUUCAUUGUUGCUUCUUUUCGAUAUUUAUAGGUGUGCGUGAUUUAUGAUUUCAUAAUAUUAUUCGAAUAGAGUAAUGUAAGUCCAUUUCUGGACUUGGGUUGGCCAAUUUCAUGCAUUCCACGGAUCACUUAGUAAUGCAUUCAUUUUGUUAAUUGACUCAUUGAAUUUAAUUGCUUACCAAUUCGAAAAAGGUAGAGUUUUAUGGAAGUCUUUCUGAUUAUGUUAGUCGCCUUUUUCACCUAAGGUUCACUGACCUGUACUUGUGAAUUUUAGCCUGUUUUUUAUUAUCUGGUGAUUACAAUAUGAAAGCUAUUCGGUGUCUCAGUUAGGUAAUGAUGAUGAUGAUUAGAGAAGAGUGGUUGUGAUCCACUGGGUAAAAAAAACAAAAGAUUGAAUGAAACUAACAUGCUACUUAAAAGGAAAACCGAUCAGCAUGGUAGGUUGAGAGGUAUCGUACAAAACCAGAGUUGAGAGGGCAUUGGAUUAUAAUUUAUGUUGCAUACUGAAGAGAGAUCAUCACCACUCCCUGCUGGGUUUUCUUAUGUUUCCUGAGUAAGCUCCUCUACUAUUUAACCUCAUGGGAGUACAUCACAGCUGGCUAUUUUUUUAGUCCACCACGUGUACUGCCUUGGCAGGACGAGAGUACUGAAGUGAAAUAAUUGAUGGGAGUGCUGGACCAUUGUAACCUUCUGCAAUUCAGUUUUUCACUAGGGCAUAGAGUGUUCUGUACUCUUGUUCUCUUAGAUGCCUGUGUUGUAAUUACUUAAAUAAUGACUCAAACAGACCUAUAUGUGAACUUGGUGCGAAAAUCUAAUUGAAUCCAUCUAAUUAUGUGACUUGAAAAAGGGGGUUUCUGUGGCCCUCUUCUCGCUAGAAUCUAUGUUCAGUGAUUCUAUCGAUCUUUCCAUCUUUUACAUGGAAACGCCCUGCCACCAUGCGUUCAAUUUAUGGUCUGACGGUCUCCUCUUCAUGGUCGUUCUAAUUGGCUAGAGGAUCUUCCCUUCAGUCCGUGGGUUUUUCUCUAUUUAGCUGCUGGCUUAAGUACAUGUCUUCUAGGUAUGAUUUAGCCCCUCUUUUUUUCAGUCCGUUCUUUAGUCAAGUGCGGAGAGAUUUCAACUUAAACAACCACUAAAUGUCUAUUAUUUUUAAUUUUUUAAUAUUCCGUCAUGUAGAUGCUAAUUCAUAUCCAUAGCCUAGUUCAUUGCCUCCCAGCAUGCCGUCCUUCCUACCUGUGCCUUGACUCAUUCUUUGGAGACGUUUGACUUUCCAGAUCAGCUUCCAGGAGUUCAAGAACAAGCUACUGGAACCGGGUUUAGUCGAUCGUAUCGUGGUCUCCAAUAGGUCAGUUGCAAAAGUCUACGUGAGGAACACUCCUAAAAUCAGCGGUCAAAGCAGUGACACAGAUAUCCAAGCUCCCAGAGCAGACGCUCCUACCGUGGGCAGAUACAAGUACUACUUCAAUAUUGGGAGUGUCGAGUCAUUUGAGCAGAAGCUGGAGGAGGCCCAGGAUUCGUUGGGGGUUGACCCGCAUGACUUUGUUCCUGUGACCUUCGUCUCGGAGGUCCUGUGGUUCCAGGAGCUCAUAAAGUUCGCUCCGACAGCCCUCCUUCUGGGGCUCAUCUAUGUUGUGGGCCGUAGGAUGCAGGGUGGGCUCGGCAUCGGUGGGAGCCCCGGGAGGGGGGGCGGUAGAGGCAUAUUCAAUAUCGGCAAAGCUCAAGUGACAAGAAUGGACAAGAACUCGAAGAACAAGGUCAACCCCUGCUCCUUUUCCUCUUGCAGUGUUUUGCCUCGGUCGUCCAUGCAUGCGUGCUACAUCUCAAUCUUAUUUCGCCCAUCGUCUCUCGUCAACCCUGUUCUCGGAUUGUGAAUGAAAUUCAAAGGAUGUGUGGAAAAUCAGAUCUUUUUCAAGGACGUGGCCGGCUGCGACGAAGCGAAGCAGGAGAUCAUGGAGUUCGUGCAUUUCCUCCGGAACCCGAAGAAGUACGAGGACCUAGGCGCCAAGAUCCCCAAGGGCGCCCUCCUCGUCGGGCCCCCCGGCACGGGGAAGACGCUUCUUGCCAAGGCCACUGCAGGCGAGUCCGGCGUGCCCUUCCUCUCCAUCUCCGGCUCCGACUUCAUGGAGAUGUUCGUCGGCGUCGGGCCCGCCCGGGUGAGGAGCCUCUUCCAGGAGGCCAGGAGUAGCGCCCCUAGCAUCAUCUUCAUCGACGAGAUCGACGCCAUCGGCCGCGCCAGGGGACGCGGGGGAUUCUCUGGCUCCAACGACGAGCGCGAGAGUACCCUGAACCAGCUGCUCGUGGAGAUGGACGGCUUCGGCACCACCGCCGGCGUGGUCGUCCUCGCUGGCACCAACCGGCCCGACAUCCUCGACAAGGCCCUGCUCCGGCCGGGAAGGUUCGAUCGCCAGAUCGCCAUCGACAAGCCCGACAUCAAGGGCCGCGAUCAGAUUUUCAAGAUCUAUCUGAAGAAGCUCAAGCUGGACAACGAACCCUCCUUCUACUCCCAGCGGCUGGCAGCGCUCACCCCCGGCUUCGCCGGCGCCGACAUCGCGAACGUCUGCAACGAGGCCGCUCUCAUCGCCGCCCGCCGUGAGCAGGUGAAGAUCACCAUGGAGCAUUUCGAAGCCGCCAUCGACCGGGUCAUCGGCGGCCUGGAGAAGAAGAACAAGGUGAUCCAGAGAGAUGACUAAUCAUCCAUCAUCCAUUCUCUUCUUGAUUCUUAUGAACGAUUCCUGAGCUGGGUUUUCUUCGAUCCGCAGGUGAUCAGCAAGCAGGAGCGGCGGACGGUGGCGUACCACGAGUCGGGCCACGCCGUGGCGGGAUGGUUCCUGGAGCACGCGGAGCCGCUGCUCAAGGUCACCAUUGUCCCGCGAGGCACCGCCGCCCUGGGUUUCGCUCAGUACGUCCCCAAUGAGAACCUCCUCAUGACCAAGGAGCAGCUCUUCGACAUGACCUGCAUGACCCUCGGCGGCCGCGCCUCCGAAGAGGUUCCAUAUAUAUACAUAAUCCAUCGUCUGUCUUCUACCUCUGUUCUUUGUCUCUGUCUGUCUGUAACUCUCUUUGUCUGUGUCUGUAACGCGCAGGUGAUGCUGGGGAAGAUCUCAACGGGGGCGCAGAACGACCUGGAGAAGGUGACGAAGAUGACGUACGCGCAAGUGGCGGUGUACGGUUUCAGUGACAAGGUUGGACUGCUGUCCUUCCCGCAGAGGGAGGACUCGAUGGAGAUGACGAAGCCGUACAGCAGCAAGACCGGCGCCCUCAUCGACGGCGAGGUCAGGGAGUGGGUGGCCAAGGCCUACGACCGCACGCUGGAGCUCAUCAGGGAGCACCGGGACCAGGUGGCGCAGAUCGCCGAGCUCCUGCUCGAGAAGGAGGUGCUGCACCAGGAGGACCUGGUCCGAGUCCUCGGCGAGCGCCCCUUCACCUUGAGCGAGCCCUCCAACUACGACGUCUUCAAGCGGGGCUUCCAGAGUGAGGAUGCCGCCGCCGACGCCGCCGGCGGCGAGGCCAAGCCGGCGUCGUCGCCGCCGCCGAUCGACGGCGAGGUCGUCGUCCCCGCGUAG